UCUCCAGGCCCUUGGAGCUUCCCGGUUGGCCCCAUCUCCUCGUCCCCCAGAUACCCUCCCCUGUAACAACUCUACAAAGUAUAUUUUUCACUGUUUUAAAGCAUGGUCCAAUUAUUUUAUUCCCUUCCAAGUCAAAUCCUCCCAAACUAUCCUUUCCUCGAUUUCCCCUCCCGUUCCUUAAGUACCCCCUUCUCCCCACCCCUCCCUCCUCCUCUUCCUUCCCAAACUCUCCAUAAAAAAAGCCAAGGAUAUAUAGAAGCUCAAGAUACGUAGAAGGAGGAGAAUGGGAGAUAUGAUAUUGCCGUUGGAAGAGGAGGAGGACAUGAAGAGGAGGAACACGUUUAGCAUAAACGAUAACGUGGAUUUAUUGGUGGAGAUACUGGGGAGGCUGGACGGGAGGUCGCUAGGGGUGGCGGCGUGCGUGUGCAGGCUGUGGAGCAGCGUGUGCCGGAGGGACAGCGUAUGGGAGGCUCUGUGCAACCGACACGUGGCGGGGGGAGGGGGCGGGCCGGGGACGCGGUCCGUGGUGGCGGCCCUGGGCGGGUACCGCCGGCUGUACCGGCUCUGCGUCGGGCCGGUGCUGGACCGCCUCGCGGGCGGGCCGGGACGGGCCGGGUGGGCCCCAACCCGCGAGGAGGCGGCGCACCUCUCCCUCUCGCUUUCCCUCUCGCUCUUCUCCAUCGACUGCUACGAGCGGCUCGGCGGCCCCCGGCAGCGGCCGGCGUCGCUGCUCUUCCUCUGCAAGCCCGUCAACGUCUCGUGAUCUCGGCGGUCCGGCGUCUCGUUAUCGCUCUCGAAUGGCUGCCCCUAAUCGGAGCCCAGUGGGCACCUGGGUGGGCUUUUGGACAUUGAUUGGGGGUGCAGGAUAAGUCCGGUGUGCCCUCAAUCCAUCAUACUGCAAUUUUGUUAAUUAUAUUAUUGUUUUAUUAUUAGUA